UACGAAUGGCUUGAGCUGUCAAAUCGCAUUUAUUGUUUACCUGGCGAAAGACGCGUUGUUUGUUGAUUAUCGGAGGAAUUAAAACACAUUUUUACUAAAAUCCGGUUAAAUACAGCGUGUGUGCGAUGGAUUUCCAGAACCGUGCCGGUGGCAAAACCGGCGGCGGCGGUGUCGCCUCCUGGUCCGAAAGCAACCGGGAUCGGCGCGAGCGGCUCCGCCAGCUCGCCCUCGAAACGAUCGACCUGAACAAGGAUCCGUACUUUAUGAAAAACCAUCUCGGCUCGUACGAGUGUAAGCUCUGCCUGACGCUGCACAACAACGAGGGCAGCUACCUGUCCCACACGCAGGGCAAAAAGCAUCAGGCCAAUCUGGCACGCCGUGCGGCCAAGGAGGCGAAGGAAGCACCGUGGGUCAUUCAGCCGGAGAAGCCGCGCAUUGAGCCGAAAAAGUUCGUGAAAAUUGGUCGGCCCGGUUACCGGGUGACGAAGCAGCGCGAUCCGGAGAACGGCCAGCAGUCGCUGCUGUUCCAGAUCGACUAUCCGGAAAUAACGGACGGCAUCGUGCCGCGGCACCGGUUCAUGUCGGCGUACGAGCAAAAGAUAGAGCCGCCGGACCGCAAGUGGCAGUACCUGCUGUUUGCCGCCGAACCGUACGAAACGAUCGCGUUCAAGGUGCCGUCUCGCGAGGUGGAGAAAACGGAGGGCAAGUUCUGGACGCACUGGAACAAAAACACGAAGCAAUUUUUCCUCCAGUUUUCGUUCAAGCUCGAGCCGAAGAUUAUACCGCCGCCGCCCCCGAACGUGCACCGCAUGCCGCAUCCGGGCCGGCCGAUGUUUAAUCCGGUGCCGCCGCCGCCGAUGGGCGUGAUGCCGGUACCGGCCCCGCCGCACAUGUAAGUGAGGAAGGUCGAGGGGAGGGGAGAGAGAGAAAGGAGGGAACCAUUAAACUAAUCUUCACGAUAUCUGUAUGGACUAAUACAUAACUUAAAUAACAAAGUGAAA